AUGAAGAAAAAAUUAUGUCUAACGGUUCUAAUCUUGCUCUGUAUAAUCUCAGGGCUUGUAAACACAAAUCAAUGAUCUUCAUCGGUUGAUACUAUGCUUGGAGGAUUUUCUUUGAAGUUUUAUUACAAUGACAUAAACAGAAAGGUGACUAAUAUUGUUCCUUCAAGCGAUCUAAGCAAUAUUUAUAUAGCCUCUAAAGCAGCAGUGGAUAAUCCAUCCACUUCGUUCACUGAGACCAACAUUGAAAAGAGACUCGCUGAUUUUACACUUGUGUGGACCAUUUCUCUUCCUUUUGAAAUCAGGUUAAAUUCAAUCGUGCUUGACUCGAGUGACAUAUACUUAUAUUUUUCUAUGUAUCAUCCCUCUGGUGGCCUUAUUGGCAAGAUAUCAACUUCAAACGGGAGCAUUGUGAGUGCUUAUGAGACAGACGCAAAUCUUGUGGAAUGUCAAAAAUUAACCUUAUCUCCAAAUGAAAUGAACCUGUACUUGGGAUGAAAAAAGUCAGGAGGAGAAAUCACUAUAACUGAGAUUACUACAUCUGAUCUUUCUAUUAGCCACUCUUCCAAAUUUUCAGUCGAUGCACUUCUUUCAUUGGAAUCUUACACCAAGAACCAGACUUAUAGGAGUGUGAUUGUUGGUACCUUUAAGUCUAUUGGUGAAAUAGUCGCUCAUUACUCAUACAGUUUCCCUUCUUCAAGUGUUAAUUUUGGAAUAAAGAUAGGGUGAACCAGCGCUUCCACAAAUAUGAGGCCAGCUAUUACUGCUGUUAUGGAGUCCACAGAUCUUUUUGCAAUUGGGUGUAUUAAUGAUGGUACACAGGAGACACUUCUUCUGGCAGGACUUACCAAUGGAACUUAUGCCGGCAAUUAUGCUGUGAGAAAUACUGGGCAUGGAUCUUCUAAUAGAAAUAUUAUUGGAAUUGGACAACUUGGGGAUACAGACAAAAUUUAUAUGAUGAGUAGCUACACUUCAGAAACUCUAUUAUGGAUCUAUGACAUAUCCUCUAAGACUUUCUCUACAGCUUAUAGUGGGUCUCGGGAGAUGACAGCCAUUAGUGCCAAAUUUGGAUAUUUCAUCAUGGCUACUCAUGAUGCAACUGAGAAUGUUCCAUAUCUAUAUAAGAUUGCUUAUGAUGACACAUACAUUACUAAGGAGGUAUUAUCAAACGCUGAUUCAUUGAUGGAUACUUCUCAAACCCCAACUACGGUCUCGGUGUCUUCAGUCACAAUAACUCCUGAGACUUCUUUGAGAACAUUGACGUUGGUGAGUCUUUCUUCAACAACAAACACUGUCAUCCAAAUAAAUAUGAUAUCCUCAUCUCUGUUGAAUACGAGAAAUAGUUCUUAUCAGACUAUCUACAUACCUGCUGGAGGCAAGAACACCGUGAAUUUGACUUCUCCAUGUUUGUCAACUUCUGGAUAUACUUUAAGUGCCAGUUUGACAGCCAACCAAAACGGAGAAAGCUCUCCAUCUUGGAUAAGUUUGAAAGAUGACUUUUCAGCAAUUAUUGCUGAUGCACCUGAGAUUACUAACUCUCAGAGUACCUUCUAUCUUGGGAUCAGCUUCAGUUAUUCUUCCUAUGUGUUUACACAGUACAGCACAAUCAGUUUGUUUGAAUGUGGCAUUUCUAACUGUAAUGGCUGAGAAUACGACACAAAAGAUACCAAGUGCACUCAAUGUAAAGAUGGAUACAAAUUGUCACAAGAUGGUAAAUCAUGAGAUGAAGAGUUGCUCCCGACUCAAGCCCUUGCCAUAACCACCACUGUGGUAAUUGCAGCUUCAGCAAGCAUCGGAGCUGCAAGCUCAAUCAUAUCUUCAGGUUCAGGCUCUAGUUCUAUAUGGGUAGUCAUGAAUCAGUAUCAGCUGUAUCUUUUGUUCCCAUUGCUUCAAACUUAUUUGCCAGGUGACUUCGUAUUUUACCUAACAGAAUUCGAACUCUUCAACUUUGAUUUUAAGUUUCUAGAAAAGGCCAAAAUUCCAGGGAUAGAGUCCUUGGUUGAUGAUCUGGACUACAGCGUCCCAAGCUCCAUUUUCAGCCAGAAUGGGUUCAGUUCUGGAAGCUUCGUUGUGAAUCAGUUUCAGUUCUUCAAAGCCAUCGGUAUUCUCGGAAUUUUCAAUUUCGUAUUUAUUGGAGUUUAUUAUUUGAUUCCCAAACUCAAAAACAAAGAAUGAUCGAAGAAAAUAUAUGGAUGGUUGAUUCCAUUCUUCUACUUUGCUGCGUACAUAAGGAUGGUAAUCGAAGCGUUCUUGUUUGCAUUCAUCAGCUGUUUGCUUGAGAUCACCACCUUCUCAUCCCUGAUUAAGCAACCAGUGUCUUUCUGCUUUUCUUUGGUGUUUGUCGGUUGAUUUGUCAGUCUUCCAUUUCUAAUUUAUCACCACUUUAAGAAAUAUAAUGAGAAUGGAGAAGUCAAAGAGUUAUCGAAGUUGUCAGAAUUUUACGAAGGAUAUGCAAAUGGCAAAAAGAACAAACUGUACACAAUCGUGUUCUUAACGAGAAGGAUCGCCACUGCAGUCUGUCUGGUCUGUAUGAGGAACACUCCUGCUUCAAUGAUAUGCUUGAUCUUCUUCGUUAUCCAGCUGCUGCAUUUUCAAUACUUGAUAUUUAACAGACCGUUCAAGUCAAAGAAAGACAACAUCAUCGAAGUCUUGAACGAGGUUGUGUUUCUGACCCUGACACUGAUCAUCACAUUAUUCCAGAAAGAAUCUGACUGGAAGGAAGGGAUGGCCACAGCCCUAAUUAUGAUAGUGAUGAUAAAUGGAUUAAUGGUAUCUUUUAUCAUCAUGGUUGACAGCUGCAUCAACAUAUCCAAAACAAUCAAGAUAUGUAAGAGUAGACAGAAUAGAGUCGAGACUUUAGCCAAAAACAGACUUCAAAGCAGGAAUAAUGCUAAAGAAGAUGUAUCUGCUAAAACUAAGGUUGGUGUCCUACCUCAAAGAAAACAAACCAUAGAUCAAAACUCAGAAAGAAUGGAGAAAUCCUACCACGAAGAUCCUAGUCUAUCUAUCUCAAGAACUCCUAAUGCGACCAAGAUGUACAUCAACGAACAAAUAAACAAUGAGUUCGAAGACUAACCCACCCACCUACCACAGAUAAUUCUUUAAUUCCAAUUG